AUGAGCCUUCAGAAGCCACGGAUAAUUCCUUGGCUGGAAGAUCAGAUCAACAGCCAUACGUAUCCAGGUCUGAUAUGGAAGAACUAUGAGGAGAGGCAGUUCCAGAUACCAUGGAAGCAUGGCCUAAGACAGGACAAAAGUGAGGACGAUGUGAAAAUAUUUGAGGCCUGGGCUACUGCCAGUGGUAGUUAUAACCCCAGCACAGAUGUCGCUAACCCAGCGGUAUGGAAAAGAAAUUUCCGCUCUGCUCUCAAUCGAAAGAGUGAGAUCCGCAUGGUCGAGGAUAACAGCUCAGAUUCUAGUAACCCCACAUAAAAUCUAUCAGUUCAUCAGAAGGGACUCUGGUAAUAUCACCCCUGAAGAUUUGUAUUGCAGUGACAGUAUCAGUCCAUCUUCUCAACUACCUCCAUUCAAUAGCCCAAGAAGCCAGUUCACUGUGGACAGAAAUCUUUCACAGGACAUAAACCAGAUGCAGAUUUCUGUCAAUGAAGAAGACUUGUAUCUCGAUCCUGAAAAUCUGCCAAGCUCGGUGCCAACAUCGUCUCACAACUGGUAUAACAACAUCUCCUCCCCGGAUGUGUUUGUAGCUGCAGCUAGCCCAGUCGUCCCUGAUAUUUCUCCGUAUGCACCAUGCCAAGAUAAUACCGAACAGGUUCAGGGUACGUCACAAGAGGCUGUCAAUGGCACCCAACAACUGCUCGACCAGUUUUUCCCUAACAACACAUUUGAAACGCAGUUUGAAGUAAAGAUUUAUUACCGGGGCAUUCUGGUGAAGAGUAGUUUGGUAAAAAAACCCCCUUGGCUUUCAUCUCACUUCGAGGCAAAAAACAAACAGAGAACACUAUUUAGAGGAUGUGAUUCUUCCACCAACAUCCUUAAUCUCCGACUUGAGAGUAGCUGCUGAGAUCAAUAAACUUCUACAAAACCUGGAACAAGGAACUCUGGUGGAAGUACACAAUGGAGUCAUCUGUGCCAAGAGGCAAGGCAAAUGCAGGAGUUUUUGGAGUAUGACAGAGACGCCAACAAUGGCCCAGCCCAGUCCAAUAAACAAAGAGGCCUACACCGAGCUGUACAAAUGUCAGCAGUUUGUGAAAGAGCUGAUGGAGUUCAUAGAUCACAAGAGGCAUGAAUCUCCGCAAUAUCACAUCUGGAUUUGUCUAGGAGAAAUGUGGCCUGAUGACAGACCGUGGAAGAAGAAGUUAAUUAUGGUGCAAGUCACACCGAUAUCAAUGCAGAUUCUUCAUGAGCUGAGUUACACCGCCGGAGCCUCAUCACUGCGCAGCAACGAGAUCAACCUACAAAUCUCCGACUCGCUGUCCUCCUCUCUGCGCAGCACAAAUGAUCUGCUGAAUUUCCUGAAAGCAUUUGAGGAACGGAUGGACUGCGCUUAG